UGUUUCGUAGGGGUCCGUGAUGAUAUAUAAACAGGCGACCGCCAUCGUCCGUAUCCUCGAGUCCCUUUUCCCUUCACCCCAUCCUCUCCCCCUCUAGUGUCCAUCGACUUCGCCCUUCCUUCCCCUUCUGCUCACCUCUGAAUUAUUUCCAUCAUGCAACUCAAGGCGCCAAUCCUCGCCGCCGCGCUGGCCACCGUCUCGUUCGUCUCGGCUGCACCGGCUACAACGCCAGCCAAAACGCUGGAGGUCCCGCUGAGCAAACGUGCCGGUGCGCUGCUCAUCCCCGGAAGCAACCUCAUCGACUUCACCAAGGUAACGCAGCACAUGCAGGCGCUCAAGGCCAAGUACGACAAGACAGCCAACAAGAACAAGCGCAACACCGGCACCGUCCCGCUCACCGACCAGAGCUCCGAGGAGCUGUGGACCGGCACCGUUAACAUCGGUACCCCUGCGCAAAGCCUGAGCGUUGACUUUGACACGGGCAGCAGCGACUUCGUCGCCAAUAAUGGCGCAUACAACCCGUCCAAGUCGUCCACCUCCACGAACACCGGCAACACCUUUCAGGUCUCCUACGGUGAUGGCACAACAGCUUCGGGCCCCAUCUACACCGAUACGGCGACCGUGGGCGGCCUGACCGCAACGGGCGUAACGAUCGGGAGGGCGGGCGACAACAACUUCAUCGGUGACGGCGCCAAUGCGCUCGCAGGUAUGGGCUUGCCGCAGCUGUCCAACUUCCCGGAGCAGGAGCCGUUGUGGAAGUCGCUAUCAGACCAGGGCAAGAUCAGCCCCGUGUUCAACAUAAAGCUACGCACCAGCGGCUCAACGCUCAUCCUCGGCGCUGCCGGCUCAAGUCCCACGUACACCUCGCUGUCGUCCGACGUCGGCUACUGGCAAGUUGCAGCGAGUGUGAACGGGCAAAACUUCCAGUCCGUCGUCGACUCGGGCACAACGCUCAUCGUUGCGCCAACCUCGGCGGCGAAAAAGCUCUUCAGUCAGCUCGGUCUAUCGACCUUCACGCAAGACUCGACGCUCUACGCGUCAUACGACUGCUCGUCGACCCCGCAGGUCACCUUCAACUACGGCAGCAAGUCCAUCACCCUCUCCUCCGCGACCGCCACGUUCGGCACAACAAACAGCGGCUCCUGCGUUCUCUCCAUCGUCGGCGAGGACAUCGGCUACUCCGCCUGGAUCACUGGCGACCCUCUCUUUCGCAACACUGUGGUCACCUUUGACUACACCAACAACCGCGUCGGCUUCUCAUAGAUGAUCAAUGUCCCCUGUGCGGGACAUGGAUGGAAGUCAAGUAAUUUAACACCUGCCAAAAAGGAAACGGCCCCUUAAUG